UUCACUGCUUUAGGACGUCACACCGUCUCUUUCAGAAUGUUCUCUCUCCAGCACCAGUUCAGGGCCAGCUGGGCCGUCCUGCUCCUGGUUUUCUGCCUGCAGCUUGGGCUCAACAAUGCUCAGACAGACACUGCAACGAUAAUAGGAAUGAACGUGACCAUGCCCAGCAGCGUACGGGCAGAUGAACUAACUGAGGUGAUUCUUAAGGUGAACACAGAUAUGAGAGAAUGUAUGGUGAUUAAAGCCUACCUUGCAAGUUCUGUUACACUGGAUGGUCCUUUGAGCUAUAAAUACACUGCCUGUCUCUGUAAUGAUUAUCCAAGAACCUUCUUCUGGGACCUUCGGACCAACAACACUAUGACGAUAGCAUUUGUGGUUGAUAUUGUUAAGGAUACAGAUAUUUGCCCCUACGAUAGGGCAGUGAGUCCAAUUACUGCAAACCGUUUCGUCACCUAUCGCAGGAUAGCGGUAUACUGACCUGAGCGGAAGCCCUCGUCUCUCUGAUCUCUCUCCCAGGUGCCUUCCUCCAAGGGAACUUGGUGGGAGGAUCUGCCGUGGUCUAUAAAAUAAACUUCU